AUGGCCAACAAGGUUGAGCUGUGCACCGACUUCCCGGCCCCGGGCCUCCGCAACCCGUUCCGUUACAUCACCGGACACAACGGCAACGGCGAUGCCGUCUUCUUGCAGACGGACCAUGGCGACCACCGCGACAUCAUGGUGGGCGGUCUCGGAGCCCAAAACGUCUUUUACAGCAGCAGCGGCAACCCCAUCGAGCUGACGGGAGACGUCGAUCUCGAGUUCGCCAAGCAAAAGCCGUCCCUCCACAUCCCGCAGGGGUGCGUUGUCCGCAUGAUUGACUUCACCCCCGGCGCCGCGUCCGGCAUGCACCGCGCGCUGACGCUGGGCAUUGCCACCGUCUGCGAGGGCGAGAUCGAGCUCAGCCUGGGCAGCGGCGAGGCGCGCAUCCUCCGGCCCGGCGACGUCUCCAUCAACCGCGGCGCCAUGCACAAGUGGCGCAACGUGUCCAACGAGAAGCCUGCGCGCAUCCUGUUCGUCAUGCUCGACGUCAAGCCCAUCAUCGUCAACGGCAAGGCCCUCGAGUUCGAUGUCGGCGACCUGAUGAAGGAGUACGCCGACUACGCCGAGGACGAGGGGCCCAACAAGAAGGAGUAG